UUAUUUAUAUCAAAUUAAUUCGUUUUUAUUAGCUGUAUCAUCAUUUUUCUUUGAUUUUUCCGGUGUCCUACCUCAAAGAUCAAUUUACCAUGCACAAUUUUAUGCUCUCAUUACAUGACAUAUUAGUGUAAUGAAAUUGGAAUUGCGUUUGUGUAUUCAAAUUUACCAUAAUUUGAGCAACAAUUGGAGCAUAUACGGAGACUUAUUUUCCCCCGGAUAUUUACAUAUAUAUACCAGGUGGAACGUCAAAUUAUCUUGUUUGUUGAAAUGCGAGAGCACAUUUGCACAUAUAAGAACGGUAUAUAUUUUUCUCACUCUUUAUUAUAAAUAUUGUUAAACAAAUAUUUUAACAUGUAUCGACGCUUUUAUCUCGUGAUUUAAAAUUUUAAAUAAUAUACAUCAGGCUGUUGAAUUUAAAAAAUGCUGAGGAUCUCGUUACUACUCAGCGCAUUUGAAGUCAUCCUAUGUGAGAUUCAUACAAGAUCGGAAACAUCAUCGUCUUGUAAGAAUCCACCCUUCUGUUACUUGUCGAAUGCAUACAAGACAGAUACAAACAGCAUGUUUCCUCAUCCGAAUUAUGCCAGGCAACAAUCGAGCCUUCAACGUAGUUAUUAUAAUGGAUUCAACUCUCACACGAUGCCAGCUUAUUACUCGGCUUUUGACCCCAUCAGUAUAUUAGCGUCAUUGGCAUUUUUGGCGUUUUUAUUACAAUCAUUCGCUUCGCUCUACGAUCGUUCGAGGUCAAUUUUGCCAACAAUCAUCAGUGGCCGCAGAUCGACUAUAGAUGAUUUGUCCGAUGAUAUUCCAGAAAUUUCAGGACACGUCUCGCGCGCUUUGCAGGAAUACGAAAAUCUCAAUGAAGAUUUAGAAAGAAAAUAAUUGACGAAAAAAAUAAUAACGAGCUUUUGCCAUUUACAUCCAACUUUAUAUAGUAAUUUUUGUCAUUUUCUUACAAUUUAUACAAUUUUUUGCCCUAAUAAAUAAUUUACGUUUCUUUUUUUUUCUUAAAAAAUAUAUAUAAGUCGAAAUAGAGAUUUUGCAUAUAAAAAGUUCUAACGAGACGUGUAUCUAAUUUAAUUUUUUUAUAUUAAAGCUCCUGGCUCUUCGUCAAUCAUGUUAAGAUUGUGACGUCAGAGGCGAGAAAACGCAGGCUAAAAAUUCUUAUAGAUACCAUUUCGAAAUAAAAAGAUAUUAUAUUAGUUUUCACCAGGUUUAUUUUGAAAGUGGUAAAAUCAUCUGAAAUAAUGUUUUAUCAAAAUAUAUUUUCAUUAAAAAAAAUGGCAUCUAAGAAUUUUCAGCGUAUGCUUUCUCGCUUCUGACGUCACAAUCUUACAUGGUGAGGAUCCAAGUCUUAAAAAUAAUCUAAUAUAAAAUGUAAAUUCAAAUAUAAAUUUUUGUAGAAA